CCCUAGUGCGGGGGUGGGAGGCAGCGGCGGAGGGUCCCUGACCCUCAGCAGCUGGCCUCAGAUCUUCCAUGCCAGUGGCAGCCAGGGGCAUUAGGGUGGGGGAAGAACUCAGUGUUUAGGACAAGGAAUCCACAGACAGAUGUGGGUCCCGCCUGGAGGCCCCACGGGGACGGGGCCUGGCCUUCCCACGAGGGAGCUGGAGGCUCUGGGGCCGCACCUUUGACUCAGCAGCGGGGCACUGCCAGCCCCAUCAGGGCCCAACUGGUGGGGAUCAGGGGCAUGUCAGUGCGAGGCAGGUGUGGGAGGGAGAGCACAUGUGUGGAGGAAGCAGGUGCACUGGAGAGGCAGCUGAGAAGGUGAGCUCCCUGGGUAAGGACUGGCACAAGUUCUGCCUCAAGUGCGAGCGCUGCAGCAAGACGCUGACGCCUGGGGGCCACGCCGAGCAUGACGGGAAGCCCUUCUGCCACAAGCCGUGCUACGCCACCCUGUUCGGACCCAAAGGCGUGAACAUCGGGGGCGCGGGCUCCUACAUCUACGAGAAGCCCCUGGCGGAGGGGCCGCAGGUCACCGGCCCCAUCGAGGUCCCCGCGGCCCGAGCGGAGGAGCGGAAGGCGAGCGGCCCCCCGAAGGGGCCCAGCAGAGCCUCCAGUGUCACUACUUUCACCGGGGAGCCCAACACGUGCCCGCGCUGCAGCAAGAAGGUGUACUUCGCUGAGAAGGUGACGUCUCUGGGCAAGGAUUGGCAUCGGCCCUGCCUGCGCUGCGAGCGCUGCGGGAAGACACUGACCCCCGGUGGGCACGCAGAGCACGAUGGCCAGCCCUACUGCCACAAGCCGUGCUAUGGAAUCCUCUUCGGACCCAAGGGAGUGAACACCGGCGCGGUGGGCAGCUACAUCUAUGACCGGGACCCUGAAGGCAAGGUCCAGCCCUAGGCUGCAGCGGCUCUCAUGAUGUGGGCCCCCCUGCUUGGCUCUGCUGGAAGAGUGCCCAGCCACCCAGUCCUGCCUGCAAGCCCAGGGCGAGUAUUGGAGGAGGGGCAGCCACGGGCAGAGCGCCAUGCCCAUCCCUGAGUCUGUGGUGUGUCUGCCCCCUCUGGCGUCCUCUGGGCGUCCCAUGACCCCUUCUGUGUCUGUGCCUCCGAAUCCCCGUGUGACCCUGUUCCAGCACUUUCCCGCCAGCCCUGCGUGUCCCUGCGGCACUGUCAGCUCUCCUUCCCUCUCCUGCUGCCCACCCACCUGCCAGUGUUAUUUAUGCUCCCUUUGUGGGUGACGGCCACGCCCUCACCGUGUCCCUGGCAGAGGGUUUGCCUCUGGGAUCCCCUGCCUGGUGCCCACACUGCCUCACAAGCCCUCGCCACCCUCACGUGGCUCACCUGCUGCUGAGCCUUGUGCUGUCAAUAAACGGUUUGAGGAUUGCA